AUGAAUAAUAAAACUUGUAGGAAUUUUUCCUUUUAUUCCUUUGAUUCAAAUAAUGAUGGAAAUGCAUUAUAUCGAUCAUUUAGAUUUGUUUAUUUAGGCGUAUGUAUUAUAGGAACGUUAUAUCUAUCAUUAAAUAAUUCAUAUGAAUACAAUACGUCUGCAGCAAUACAAUUUAAUAAUGUAAAUUCACGAACAUUAGCUGAGGUAAGCGUUUUAAAUUCGCCAUCCUUAGGAAAUGAAAAUUUAAAAAAUCAUAAUGUAGAAGAUACAGAUAAUAUGAAAAGUUGCUGUCAAAAUGAUGAUAACACAAAUAAUGAGGGAAAUAAAAAUAAUGAAUCAGAAGAUAGCACAAACAAUAUUGAUAAUAGAAGACAAUUAACAAAACAACAAUUACAUGAUGAAUUAAAUACUUUAACAACAAUUCCAUCAAAUGAAGAUCUUUUAAAAUUAUGGAAACAAACAAUCGAUGUAUGUACACAAGGAUUACAAUCUGUAAGAGAUGCAUUAGGUGAAUAUAAAAAACAAUAUGAAGAAGGUUAUGAAGGUAACAAAAAGGGUGGAAGUAGUAAAGAUAAAACAGAUUAUCAUAAGGAAUUUGAUCAAAGAUUAUCAAUUCAUCAAGAUGAUUAUACGAGUAAAUUUAAAACUUUAAUUGAAAAAGAACUAACCGUUGAAGAAUUAAGAUCCUUUAUCCUUAAAUUUUUAGGAUUUUUCCAUAAUUUGAUUGAUUACCUUUUUCAAAGAUAUAAAAUUAAAUAUAUGCAAGUAGGUAUGUCCAUACCUACAGAAGGAACGAUUGAUGAUCCGAAGAGGAGAAAAGAAAAAGACCAAGAAAAAGAAGGAAGUGAAGAAAAUAUUGAAGAGUAUCUUGACAAAUAUUUUGGACAGUUUCUUAUAGAAAAUUUUGAUGAAACAAAA